AUGUGCUGCAACUAUGGUGUUUCACUACCCAGAAGUCAUCCCCUCCGCCUCUCCUUCCUCCCAUCAACCCGACUCGACCCACUUUCCAAUACUCUCUCUCUUCCCUCCUCCUUAGCCUUCCGGAUCGGACACGAUCAAACCAUUAAACUAGUUAAAUCCACCCUUAACGAUACCCUCUCACUCUCCUCGGAGAAGCCAUCCAGUUUCUACGACUUAUUGGGCAUACCCGAGACGGGCACUUUGAUUGAGAUCAAACAAGCGUACAAGCAGCUGGCCCGGAAGUACCAUCCAGAUGUAUCCCCGCCGGGUCGGUCCGAAGAGUAUACUCGACAGUUCAUUCGUAUACAGGAAGCCUACGAAACUCUGUCGGAUCCUGAAAGGAGAGCGCUGUACGAUUUAGACAUGGCUAAGGGACUUCACCUUGCAUUCUCUGCCACGAGGCAUUCGAAAUUCGACGAGCAAAUUGAAGAGAAGUGUGAAUGGAAGAGGCAAUGGCAAUCUCAACUAUUAGGGCUAGAGAGAAGAAGUAUGUACAAGGAAUCGACUAAUAAUGUCAUGGGGGGACAAUCGCGGAGAGAAAGGAUUGAAUAA